GAUAGUUUGUAGUGGGGCCUAUUUUUCUGUAACACAGCAGCAAUGGCUGCCAAGCAUCGAUUUGUUUGCUAGUCUGUCUUGCCUUAGCUUUGCUGUGGCCUCUUAGCUGCGGUCUAGAUCGGAUGGGAUGUCAGAUAAGCGUCAGCGGGCAAGAGUCCAGGGUUCCUGGGCCAAACAACUGCCAAAACCCUCCAGUCAGACAGUGGCCGUCCUAAACAAUCAGCCCAAAAAUGCUGGAGCCGCCUCCGGUACGUGGGGAUUGGGAAACCAGAAAACAUCUAAAACAUUUGAGUUUCACCAGCCCACCAAGCCAUUAAGGGAAGUACCUCCUGAGAGGGUAAUAGAACAUUUGGGUGAUUAUGAAAUAAGUCCUGGGCCAUCUGGGGUAUCUCGAUUGCGGCUGCGGCCCGGGUUUCUCACGCCAGAGGAGGCUGACUGGAUGUUCAGUAAGCUGCUGGCAGAGCUGCCCUGGUCCCAGAAGACUAACUACCGACUGGGUGAGGCGUAUGAGGAGCCCAGGCUGACCUGCUGGUAUGGAGAGUUGCCGUAUACGUACGCUCGCUCCACUAUGGCAGCCAACACUCAGUGGCACCCGCUGCUGGUAACCCUCAGAGAUGCAGUGGAGCGGGCGAGCGGAUGCACCUUUAACUCGCUGCUGUGCAACUUGUAUCGAGACGGACACGACAGCAUCGGCUGGCACAGCGACGACGAGGCCUCCCUGGGUCCCAGACCGACCAUUGCGUCGCUCAGCCUGGGUGACACCAGAGUGUUCAGCCUUCGCAAGCAGCCCGCAGCGGAGGACAAUGGUGACUACACAUAUGUGGAGCGAGUUCGGAUUCCUCUCAGCCAUGGGACUCUUCUGCUGAUGGAGGGAGCCACGCAGGAUGACUGGCAGGCAUGGUUCAUCAAGUUACCCAUCAAGUGGCAAAGGAGUACCAUGACAGGGGCCCCCGCAUCAACUUAACCUUCAGGACCAUCCAUCCAGAGCCGGAGGGCCGCCGAGCAGGAACAAAGAUGAGAUUUGCAGCAAAGCAAAUGUAGAUUCCCCCUUCGGGUCAGAUACUCAAGGCUGCUAAAGGAAAUUUCACCAGUGGGUUGAGCAGAAGGAAAAGCACUGGGGCUGUAAGACUUUAUGCAGUCCUCCUUAGUUUGUAUAAGUUUGUUUUUCUCAGAUUUUCUUGACAAAUGUGCAAAGCCUUAAAUAAAAUUUCUAGUUUUUUGAAAAUUCAAGUUUUCAUCUGUAGUUUUCUGUAGUAGAAAAAUAAAUAAAAAUUGUCUGAUAAAACUGUU